AAAUCUCCAAAGUUUAAAGUUAGAGAAGAUAUCGAGCGCGGGGGAAAAUGGCGACCAUCAUUGAUACAAAUUCGUUGGGGUCUGCGAAAGAAGCGACCUGUCAUUUUAUGCCUUGCACAAUUGACCACGAUGGCGAAGCGAAAGUUUCUGGAUUUUUUUCACAAACGUUUUCAUCUGACUCAUCGAAUGGUA